GUUCAGGAAGGUCCAAAGUUUAACGCUAAUUAAUCAUUAAGCUUCUUGUUUUACACAACUAGCUCUAUCUGAUGCCAUAACUUGCUCUGGGCACAAUUGUAUGUGUGGAGAACCAUGGGUUAUUAUCCCAUAAUCGCCGUUGGCCUUCUUGUCCUUAACGUGUGUAGUUCUGUCUCUGUUGGCUUGGGGGAGCGGACGGGAACUGCGCCUGGGGUCGGCCACUACACCGUAAAGAACAAGCGGGGCGAACCGUGCUUCCUUGCCGACCUCGCCGCCACGUUUAAGAUCCGGUACGUGAAGACCGACAACACCACGGCCACAGCGGACUACGUUCUCCCCUCCAACUGUUCCGUGGCGUACGAAUCCACCUGCCCCACUCGUCUUGAAGGUGAGAACCAAGCCGUCCUCCUUCUGCACGUCCCCUGGGACUGGGACUUCGGGCUGUACUUAAGAUUCGCGCGGGAGACGCCCUUUAUGAAACACUUCUGGCUGGCGGAGGCGGUGGUGUAUUACAGCCAGGUCCCGUCUCUCUUCCCAGACGCCAAGUUCCCGAACCACUUCUUCAGUCCCUUCCGUAACAACCUUCAUGAGAUGGAGACGAGGUCUGGGAUCUUUAGAAGGAGGUCGUUCCUAUGCGAGAGCGGUUUCACGAUAGCUAACCUGACAUUUCCAUACUUUGAGGAAGCUCCUGGCGUUCACCCCACCGCGGACCUGAUCUUUGACUACAUACAUGUGCAACCAUUUGACGUCAGCGACGAUAAGUUUGCCAAAGCGGAGAGAUGCCCAGAAGACCAUCACAAGUCCACCCCACCCCCAAUGACCACAACACCGGCCGUUACUUCGGAAAUGCCUCUGUCCAACGCGUCCACCAUAUCUCCCGCUUCCAACGCCUCUACUAUCGUCCCCAUCUCCAACGCUACGACUAUCUUCCCAACCUCUAUGAUCCCUCUAUCCAACGCUAGCACACUACCUACAGUACCCUCUAACAUAACGGUAGGCCCUGCUUCCACACUUGGACCUCCGCCGAAUGGCAGCUUCACCAUUCAACCAGCGUCCAGCGUUGCCCCUGACAACCUCACAACUCCAGCUUCCACCACCGUGCCGUUUACUUCAGCAGCGCCGCCUACCGUUCCUCCUGAGCCAUUGCAAGGCCGCUUCCACGUGAAAAACGCGACUGGCGACGUUUGCUUGCUUGCCUACAUGGCUUUGCAAUUCGAUAUAACUUACGUAAAACAAGGUAACAGACAUGGAAUGGGUGUUUUCAACGUCCCGACUGACGCAGCUACUUCCGGGUUCUGUGGAAAAACAUCGUCUAACAUGACGUUGUCUUUUUACGGUGGAACUUUUGAUCUCACGCUUUCCUUCAACACGGAGGGCAGAGAAAAGGGCUUCCACCUGUCUUCCGUUGACCUUCAUUACGUAGAAGUUCCCGGAAUCUUUCCUAAAACAGAGACACCAAACGCUAAGAGAAGCGCGUCUAACAAAACCCUGGACAUAUUUAGGGCUAGCUCUGGCAAAUCUUACAGGUGUUCGGAGGACAGGGACUAUGUCUUAACAGAAAACGUUACACUGCAUGCCCGGCAAGUUCACGUUCAAGCCUUCGGGGUCAGCAAAGGACAGUUUUCUACCGCUGAGGAUUGUGGGAAGGACCAGAGCAAUAACGAGUUGGUGGCUAUCGUCACGGGGGGUUCUCUGACCGGUGUCGUCAUCAUCGCCAUCGUGACGUAUUUCAUCUGUACCAGGGGACGCAGGACCACCAGGGAUGGUUAUACCGCUAUAAACUGAUAGUUACUAUGUUGGGCCCUAUGUCUGAACCCUAUGCCUAUGUAGAAGAACAUUAUGUAAUUACGUUAUGAAGAACA